AUGAAGGCCCUUUCCAUUAUUAAGCUUUUCCAUCCACACUUGAAAAGAAUCUCCCUUAUACUGUCGGAAAAAUCUCUGUUGGCUACAUAUGAUUUAUCUGAACUGCAGAUUGAGGGUGAUGGAAAUUGCCAGUUUCGAGCAUUAGCAGAUCAGUUGUUUCGCAAUCCAGAUUACCACAAGCAUGUGCGAAAACAUGUGGUAAAGCAGCUAAAGCAUCACAGAAAACUCUAUGAAGCUUAUGUCCCUAUGAAGUACAGACACUACCUGAAGAAGAUGAAGAAAGCCGGGGAGUGGGGAGAUCAUCUUACCCUUCAGGCAGCUGCAGAUCGAUUUGGAGCCAAAAUUUGUGUAAUCACCUCUUUUCGAGACGCUUGCUAUAUUGAGAUCCUUCCUAAAGACAGGAAUCCUACCCGAGAGGUUUGGCUGAGCUUUUGGAGUGAAGUGCAUUAUAACUCAUUGUAUGCAAGUGCAGAUGUUCCGACAAGAAAUCCGAGAAAGAAGCAUUGGCUGUUCUAGAUCUAGGGUUAUUUCAAAUGGUCAUCAGUUUCGGAUAUAUACAAGUUAUAUAUUAGUAAGUAUACUAUGGUCAUGGGCAUUGUAACUUGGUGUAAAUUAACACGAAUUCCAGAUAUUUCUUUCAAAGUUUAUCUCUGUAUGCCCAAAAUUAGAAUUUAGAUCUGUAUAUAAAAGUUACAAAGGAUCCCCUAGCUUUUCAACGACAUCGUUACCACAGGAUUCUUGUAUAAAGAGCAUGAGCCAUGCAGAAAUUGGGUUCCUAUUUCAUUUGCAAGGUAUUGUUUCAAUGUGCUA